AUGAAGGUAUUUGCCCCGGGGUAUGCCAAUUGUUCAACUGAGUUGGUCCUGAAGCCGUAUUCUGGAGCCAGUAAUAUUGUCGUCGAGAAAUUUGAAAAGGAAGGUUCCUCAUUCAUUCAAACCGUCACAGACAUCAACACGGUUCAAGCUGCCCUAUACACGGGUAUGCUAACGCUGAUAACAUCUCGUGGUAAAAUAGUGAAGACAGUAUACUCGCCACCGAAGAGGGAAUCAACGUUCAAGUUGGGGCCAGACGAUGAAGAGAAAGUGUCACCAGUUGGCCGAGUGUUUGCUUUUUAUGUGUAUAACAACCAGGUUUUUGCGGACUCUUCCUUUUUUCGCCUACAGGCAAAAUGCCGAGCACAGCUUGAGCUACAACCGCAUAAAGUCAUGGUGAGGCCAGGAGAUUCGGUCAACAUGACUGUGAAGGGUCCCUCUGGAAUGUGGGUGGGGUUCAAUGUCAUUGACAAAGCGUUGCUGCUACUGAAUAACGACAACGUUCUAGAGGAAGAUAAGAUCUUUAAGGAAAUGGAAGCUCAUGACCUCGGUUGUGGCGCAGGAGGGGGCACAAACAGCGAAGAAAUAUUUAAGAACGCGGGUCUAACAAUUCUGAUAAAUGCUGAUGUGGAUGCUAAACGGAUACAAAGAGAGACGUCUGAAUGUGACGCUAAAAAACGAAACCGACGCUCUGUCCCUGAGGAAAACGGUUGUUAUUAUGGUGCUAACCCAGUAUGCUGCAAGGCAGGCGAACAAUAUGCCUUUGAUGUUAUAUAUGAGUACAAGCUGGACAAGGCGCAUAAUUUCAAACCGGACAUAACGGAACCCGUACCAUACAUUGCAUGUUAUGCAAAGGCCAAGAAGCUUGCCGAAACGCAUCAAGAAAAGGUGCCGUCCAAAUGUCCGAUGGCGUUUUUCGAGGCUUGCGUUGUUACGAUGACGGCUGAAUUGAGCGGCAUAACUGAGAAUACUGGCGCCUGCAUCGCAACUCCUAAAGAAGUCAGUGCAUUCAAAGAGUUUUUUAUUCAAGUAGAUCUUCCCUACAAAGUAUCACGAAAGGAACAUUUCAACGUCAAAGUGAACGUGUUCAAUUAUAACGAUGCAGAUAUGAACGCUCGUGUGUAUCUGAAAGGCAUAGGAGGUCUUUGUUAUGGCUCGUCACCCGACCAGCAUUCUCCACCACAGCUUGUCACCGUGCCUGCGAAUGGCGCUAAGACUCUGACGUUUCCUAUGAUCCCCCUGGAAGCGGGACGCUAUCCAAUAAUUGUGUCGGCAUUUGUGACGAUCGCGGACAAAGCCACAUCAGAUAUUGUGGAAAAACAACUUCUUGUUGUGAACGAAGGCAUUCAGGAAAAGAUGAAUUUUACUGUAUGUCUUGAUCCAAACAACCAAAUGGAAAACUGCAACCAAGGCAAAGAAGUGAAACACACAGAACGUCAAAAUUUUGGUUCACCAUUCGUGAAAAUGGAAGUAGAACUACCAUUGCCAGUGACGGCUUUGCCUGGAACUGCGGCUGCAAACGCAUACAUUAAAAGUAAUCUCAUGGGGGAAACAGUUAACUGUGUACUGGAAGGCGUGGACAAAAUGUUUACUGAGCCCAGUGGCUGUGGUGAACAAAACAUGAUACGCACAGCGCCCAUUGUCUACGGGAUGCACUUCCUGAAACAGACAGGGACAAUGGAGACAAAACAUGAGGACUCAGGAACGACACAAAUGAGAAAUGGUAUUACCCGACAAAUAUCCAUGUACCACAAAGACGACGGAUCAUUUGCAGCCUGGAAAAACUACCCAACCAGUUUAUGGCUGACUGCGUUUGUUGCCAAAGUGUUUUGUCAGGCAGAUCAGGUUGUGCAGGGAAUCGUUGAAAGAGAUGUAAUUAAUCAGACACUGUCUUACAUUGCAAAAAAUAACAUGGAAGGAUCCGGGGAAUACCGCGACAGCAAUCCAGUUAUUCAUCGUGAAAUGCAGGGUGUUUUAGCAGAAGGGAACAGAACAGUAGAUCCCUCGUUAACUGCAUUUGUUCUGACAUCACUGCUAGAAUGCACUGAUCGAACACAGGAGGUCGAACUAUCUGUACGUCGUGCCAUGAGUGAUCUUGAGCGAGUUCCAAACAAUAUUAUAGAAAAUAAUCCGUACUUACUAGCAAUUACAACCUACGCGCUUGCAUUUUCUGGAAGUUCAAAAAAGGAAGAAUUUAAUAAUAAGUUGUAUGCCAUCAAAAGAGACAGAGGAGGAGGAAUAUUCUGGUCAAAUCAUAACGGCGCCCCUAACGCAUAUGAUGUGGAGACGACGGCAUAUGCUCUUCUGGCGUUCUUGAAAUUCGAUGACUUUAAGACAUGUCAUAAAAUAGUGGCGUGGUUGACCCAACAAAAUAGUGCCAUCGGAGUGUGGUAUACAACACAGGACACUGUUGUCGCCAUGCAAGCCCUCGCGACGUACAGCGCACGUACGUUUAAUCCUGACACAAACCUCGAAGUGAAAAUUGAAAAAGUAGGCUCUGCGUGGUUACAGACAACGCGUGUAAACAGUGAAACGUCACAAAAUGCCAUUUUAAACCUUCCUGUGGAUAAAGACAGGAAAUUUGCUGUCACGGUCAGUGGACGGGGGUCGGGUGUAAUGAAGAUUGAAAUGUUUUACAACAGAAAGGCUCAGGAAGACGAACUGUGCUUUUUUGAGGUCAGCCCGAUCAAUGUGAAGGAUGUUGUUCCCGCAAUUGCAAACAAUCCAGAUGCGGAGGAUAUCCUUGCUGGAUGGCAGUGUGAUGUGUGCGGGUUUUGCAAUGAGCCUGAUGAAGGAAAGGUGGACUAUGAGGUGAUCCAAAAUCGUCGAAAGCGACAGGCAAAACAAUUAGUGCACGAUCAAAAAUGUAUUCAAUUUACAGUUAGAUCCAAGUCACCCAGGAAUGACGCAGGUAUGUCAAUAGUGAGGGUCAACUUGGAGACAGGAGUCAAGGUUGUGGAAUCUGACUUGCGUGAGAUGCAGGAAAACGGGGUUUUGCCGCGUUAUGAAAUGCCGUCGGACGGUCAUGGAUUUGUCAUCAUUUACCUGAACAGUAUCACGAGAAAUGCAACCAACCUUAUAUUCAGACUGGAGGACCACUUUUCUGGCAACGCUUCAAGUCGUCAGCCGGCAUCUAUUAAGGUGUACGACUACUACAAACCAGAACGCUCAUGUAUGAAGCAGUAUGGCAUUGGCCGGAAUCAUGGGCAGGAAAUAAAGUACAAGUGUGACGACCGGAGCGACCAGUGUCAAUGCAUGCAAAGUCAGUGUGUUAAGCAAGUGAAUCAGGAGCUGUUCGAAAUGGCUUUGAAAGUAAGUCAGGCGAGUCUGGCUCAACGAAAGAAUCUUACCAAACCAGUCGAUGCAUUAAUGGACUAUGCGUGCAACUUUGAGAAAGCUAACUAUGAAUAA